AAAUGAGGAAGUAGCCGACAGCAUACAGCGGAUGUCAACAUGGUGCCGUAGAGAUGGCGUCGAGCAUUUACGGACUUUUACGGCUCUUCUACCUCAGUUGAAGAUAUACAAUCCACGGGCGGAGGGAACUAAGAGCUGCUGUGCCACAAUGAAAGCGAACAGAGGCAACAUGCUGGAUGCCGGAGUUUUCAACAAGGUCAAAUAUUCAAGGCUGGCUGCGGAUGACGAUGGAUACAUUGACUUACAGUUUAAGAGGAAUCCACCAGCUGUCCCAUACAAGGCAAUCGCACUGGCAGUCUUUCUCUUUUCGGUUGGCUCCUUACUCAUCAUCUUCGGGGCUCUUCUUCUGUCUGGCACGAUUGAGGUUGAGCACCGAGACCGCACCAUCCCUGUCAUCAUCAUCGGGAUUCUGGUGUUUCUUCCUGGAUUUUACCAUUUGAGAAUUGCCUACUACGCCUCCAAGGGAUACCGAGGCUACUCCUACGACGACAUCCCGGACUUUGGCGACUGAGUGGAGAGACAGCCGUAUUUACAGUAUAUCCCUCAAGUAUUGUCCGCUAUUGUUUUUGUCCCCCCCCCCCCCCCUCCCAGAUUGUAGCAUACAAGAAUCAAAAGUGUCACACUGGUCAGACACAGCGCUGUUUAUCCGCAGGUGCAGGAUUUAAAAUCAUCUGUCUGCUGCGCCCCGUAUAGAAGCUUAGGAAACCUUGCUGACAGUGAACCAAAGUGGCACAAAUAACGCGGCUUCUUGCCUGCAUCCCAGCAGCUACAAUGUGUUCUAAUCUCAAGAAAGCUGAAAACAGGUUUGUGGACAACAAAUCACUGCUGAUGCGUUACUAUUACAUGUAUAUACUAGGGGUGUAACGAUACGUGUAUUUGUAUUGAACCGUUUCGGUACGGGGGUUCCGGUUCGGUUCGAACGAGUUUCCACGCGGACAUAUUAAGUAGCGUAACGCACGUUGUGUAAACAAUGCACACCGAGGCACAACACAUGGCAUGCUAGCAGCUAACGGGCUACGAUAGACUGACCAUACGUCCUCUUUUCACCGGACGUGUCCUCUUUUGCGGAGUUGUCAGGGCGGAGUUUCUUAAAUGCCUCAAAUGUCCGGCAUUUUGAGUUAGGGUUGCGUGUAUUUUCAACGUACGUUCAGGGUUAAGAAGGGGUUAAAAACAAAACAAACAGCAGCAUUGGUGAGGGAGGGGCAGAGACAGAGAGAGAGAGAGAGUUAAGAUAAACGCGCAUGCGUCGCCAGGCUCUGCUUUUUAUCCAUAGAUUUAUCACAUUUAAUUUUGUAUUAUCUAUAGCAGGGGUGUCAAAAGUGUGCCCCGGAGGUCAUUUGCGGCCCACAGCUAAUGCAUACUUGCCAACCCUCCCCUUUUUAGCGGGAGAAUCCCGGUAUUCAGCGCCUCUCCCGACAACCUCCCGGCAGAGAUUUUCUCCCGACAAACUCCCGGUAUUCAGCCGGAGCUGGAGGCCACGCCCCCUCCAGCUCAAUGCGGACCUGAGACUGAGUGGGGACAGCCUGUUCUCACGUCCGCUUUCCCACAAUAUAAACAGCUUGCCUACCCAAUGACGUCAUAACAUCUAGGGCUUUUAGAGAGCAGAGUGCACAACUGCGCACACAACAAGGAGACGAAGCAGAAGAACGAGGAAAUUACAGACAUGGCGACGCCGUCGACGAGCAAGAUGAAGAAAUACGCUUGCAAGUUCCAAAACGAAUGGAAACAACAAUUUCAGUUCAUCCAGGACAGUUUGAAGGGGAAGGUGUAUGUUGCCUGUAAAUUUUGUAGAACAGACUUCUCCAUUGAACACGGUGGCCGAAAUGAUAUACUCAUCAUGAACGGAGAAGUUAAACAGGACAAUACUGCCAUCUAAUGGAUAGCCACCGGAACACUGAAAUUCAAGUAUUUUUUU